AUGAAGGCUAAUCCCCUAGUUCUCUUUGGUACAAGUCGACCUACAAGUCCGGCCAACAGACCUCAGCUACUAGCCACCCAACCUCCACCUCCACAUCAAUCCACCCUACACAACCCUCCCUCCCAACGCUCUCGUCGGCUACAUAUCAUCAAAAAAAACACAUCCAUGGAAUCGCCUCACUAUACCAGCAGCGGAUCCGCUUUGCAAGCUCAAUAUCAACCUGGAACCGAUCAACCUCCGACCUUCAGCUAUCAACUUGAACCCUACCACGACCCUCAAUAUCUUCCUCCGAAUCUUUGUUUUGGAAUCCAAGAGGACCCUCAAUAUGCUCCUCUGAAUGAUCGAGUUGAAUUCUGCCAGGACCGAUAUCGGAAUCAUCAAUAUGAGCCCUCCCAGGACCCGCGAUAUCCACCUAACAAUCAACAAGCCGAUGACUACAGCUCUUAUGAUUGCAACAACGAGCACGUUCCAGGCUCUUACUUGUCACACACCAGUCCCAAUAUCCACCCCAAUCAUCCGGAUCAUCGACAUGGCUCUCCUCGAUAUGCCGAUAUGGAACUCAACCUGGAGCGCGACCGUGUUGGCUAUCAAGACCCUCCCUCGCACAGCCGCCAACACUACCACCCGCAAGCAACACUAGCCAAUAUAAUAAGGCAUAACAGCCCCAGGUCUCAUGCAACUCCUCACCUCAGUCCUGCCAUCCCCCCCAACUCGGUUUACUCCACUGGCACAGCUCACACAAUGGGCACUACCACCUCUCGCAUGCCUGAUGCUCCUCAUGAUCUAGUUCCGUCGACCUUACCACCGUCUGGUAGUUCUCACUUGACUGUUGGAAACGACGGAAACGACCCCGACACUUCCCCUGGUAGUUCUCGCUUGACCGUCGGAAAUGACGGAAACAACACCGGCACUCUCUCUGGUAGUUCUCACUUGACCGUCGGAAAAGACGGAAACAACCCCGGCACUCUCUCUGGUAGUUCUCACUUGACCGUCGGAAACGACGGUGGCACUUUCGACAGCACUUCUCUUACCGAUGACAGCUUGCCAAACGAUCCCCCCCCUUCUCUUACCGAUGGCAGCUUGCCAAACGAUCCCCCCCCUUCCCUUACCAAUAGCAGCUUACCAAACGAUCCCCCCCCACAUAGUGCAACCCAUGUCCCCAAUACUAGCCUUGCCAAGUCGCUCUCGCAGCCCACUCCCACCAGCGUAGUCAAGACUCCCGCAGUCAAGAUACAACUUACCCCUGACGAUGUCAUGAGAACGUUUGAAGCAAAGACCCUCAGACAGCGCCGCACCCGACAAAAGGAAACCUCUUGGCACAAGUUCCGCAAGAACAAUCCGGAUGCCAAGGCUGCUCUGAAAAACACCAACAACAAUAUCGGCCAGCGCAACAAAGAUGUCGGCAAGCUUUACAAGCAGCAUAAAGCAACUCAAGCUGAUCCUGAGCCAUCUAACUCGCAAGUCACAGUCGAUUCUGACGCCGAUCCUAAUGCUGAAGAACGUGGUCGAUUUGGUAAAAUCUUCAAGUCCAACGAGACCCUCAGACAAGAAGUCAAGGAUUGGGCCAAUGGUGUUCAACUCAAGUUAAAGGAGCUUAGUGACUCCUUUGGAGUUGAAGGCUUUCUUGUCCUUGCUGCACAGGACCACCGAAAGCCCCUAUUUUUUCAGGGUGGCAGUCUACUUGGCGAUGACUACCUGCGUGGACUCAUCGAUGAGGGUAAUCCAAUGCGCAAGUUUGCUUUAUGGACGGCGGGAUCUAAAGCGGCUUCCAAGAAGAGGAAGGCCCCGGACGAUAGCAAUGCCACGGCAAAUAAGGAUACCGGUGAGGCUUCAAAGAAGAAGACCAAGUACGCGGUGGCAGCUUUUGAAAACCGAGAUGUCUGUCAAGGAUAUCUUGCUCUCAACCAUAAAUACAUUGCAGAAGAGCUUGGACUCAUGUUUAAGGCUGCGCAGUCCAAGAGUACCAUCAAAGGCAAGCUUAGACCCUGGCCUGGCACCGACACCAUCCUUCGACUGGCGAGAAUCAAUCACAAACUUGUCAUUCAGAAAAAUCCAGUAGGCCUCUCCGUGGAACAUUUAAUUAAUGUUCCUGUCAAGAAGAUGUCGAUUGAGCAUACCUGGCUUGUCCUUCGAGGCUUGAAGAACAAGUGGAUCAACUUGGUCGAGCAUCAAUUUGAUACCCUCCCAAAAUCAGCCCACGUGCGUAAACCAAAGGUGACCACCGCUAAUACCACUUCUUUGAGGCAGGAGGAGGAGGAGGAGGAGGAGGAAUAUGAUGACGAGGACGACGAGGACGACGAGGAUGACGAGGAUGACGAGGAUGACGAGGAUGAUGAGGAUGACGAGGAUGACGAGGAUGAAGACGAAGAUGAUUAUUAG